AUGGAUUCAAGUAUCUAAAUUUUAGAAAAUCGAUGUUAAUUGUGCAAGAAAUUAUCAGAUUAUCUGUUUACAAUAAAUGAUACAUGUGUAAUUUCUAAAAUGAUAAACAAAAUUUACAUACCAAAGACUAUUUUAAGAGGUUCAAAACUUUGCAAAAAAUGCUAAAAAGUAGUUUAAUCAAAGAUUAGAAGUAAAAGAUAUGUGAAAUGCCUCAAAUGCAAAUGCUAUUAUGAAUACUUGGAUAUUUAUGAAUAUCAAAUUGUUUAAAGUAUUUGUCCAAUAUGUAAAUUUCAAUUUAAACAUUGUUGGAUUCAUGAGUCUAAACCCUCAUUGUUUAGAUAAAAUGAAAGACGAUUACCUUGUUACAAAUGUGCUAAAUCUGUUAUUUUGAGAAAUAUCAUAAAAAGCUUAGCCUUAUUUAUAAUUAGCCCAGUUUUAAUAUGUUUUGAAGGAAUUGAAGGAGUAGAUGAAUGGCCUUGUUUGUUAUAAGCUUUAUUUUUCCUUCCUCUACCUAUUACAAUUCCAAUAACAAUUCUCAUCAUAAUAUUUUCCAAACUAUUGAAUAUCUUUUUUAGCAUUUCAUGCUUCAUCUAGUUCAUAUGGUCAAAAUAGUAAUAAUAGAAGCAAUGGUUUGUUUGA